CGCGAAUCUCACCACGACCUAGGAUGGCUGUGAUUCUCUUUACUACGCCAAACAUGAAUGCCGGACCAUCAUGGCCAGUCUGGCCGGCACCGGAUACCCGCCAACUCCAGUUAUCGGAGAGGACCAAUCUUUUUCAGCACCCCAAACAGCGACACAUCCAGAUCACGGCGAUAACGAUGACUCCAUUUCGGCUAGCGAGUUCAACCGCCGCCUCCGGAGAAUGUACCGGGAGAGAAUGCUAGCCAAGGGGAUAAGGGUCCCGGACUCACCGCCUCCGCCACCAAAGGGAUCCAUCCACCCUCUGGCGCAAUCGCUACUGGACGCAGGCGGCACAGUCAUCUAUGAAAAGUUGACCUGCUGCCUCAUUAAGCAUGUGUGCGGCACUCGGGUGACCAAGUUCCGGAGCCUAGGAUUCCGUCGUGCCGAGGCCGAAGCGAUGCGCUUUGUUUCUGCACACACCUCCAUCCCCAUACCCCGCGUAUACGACGUCGGGGAGCGCCAUCUUACUAUGGAAUUCAUCGAGGGCGAAACCCUCGCCACGGCGUGGGACAAACUCUCAGCCGAGGACAGACUCCUAGUAACCCGCCAACUCAGGGAUUACGUCGGCCAGCUCCGCACUUUCAAGAGCCCAGACGGUCUCAUCUGCUCCUUCGACGGGGGACCGGCUGUCGACGCCCGUCGCCUGUGCCACGUCGAAGGCGGGCCGUUCGCCACCGAGGCGGCGUACAACGAUUUCUUGGUGUCGGACCUUCUCGGCAAGCACGCGAGCAUCCGCGACAUGAUCCGCUCGCAGAUGCGUACGGACCACGAGAUCGUGCUGUCUCACGGCGACCUGCACGACAUCAACAUCAUGGUCCGGCCGGGGGCUGGCGUCGUGGCCAUCGUCGACUGGGAGCUGGCUGGGUACUACCCGGAGUAUGUUGACCUGGUCAGGCUCUUCCGCUCGUCCUGGUUGUGUGGCUACUACGAUGAGCUCCUCAACAUCUUUCCGCGGCGCUACGACGCCGAGUUCGUUGUCGACCAGACCAUCACACACUGGAGCGCGCGUUGAUGGUUUGCCGCGCUUGAGGAGGAGCGUUCAGAUGCUGAGUGGUUUAGGUCGGAGGUAUCAUUCGGUAUAUGGCACAACACACGUCUCUUCCGUCGAUGAAAGGAGCUGGCUGGACCUGGGGUAUGAGCAGUAACGCUUGGACGGAGGAAGGCAGAAUUUGCGACCAAGCUUCAGCGCACAGGCAGAGCAGUAGUCGCCUACCAUCAUGGCAAGCUAUGAAGUGUUUUCGGAGAGGACAUCCUAAUUCGCCGCUCUGGUUUUGAGCCUUGAGUUGCUCCAAUAGAUCAUUUCAAGAAGAACGAAAAUAGCCAAGCCCGUCUCUAAA